GGAAGUGUCUCUGUGGGACAGUGGAAAUGUCUCUGUGGGACAGAGGAAGUGUCUCUGCAGAGAUCACUUUCUCUUUCCUGUUUCUGUCCACUUUAUGCAAAUGACGGGUCCCGCAGAGGGACAUCCCACCACACUCCAAGAUGGCGAGCCGCAGCAAAGAUGUCGAAGAGGAAAUUUACGACAAGGUCGUGGAUCUGACGGAAUACGCUAAACGGCAGCGAUGGUGGAGCCGCCUGUUCGGGAAGGACUCCGGGCCCCUGGGGGCCAAACGCUCCGUGGCCACGCAGAUCGCCAUAGGAGGAGUGAGUGGAUGGUGUGCAGGUUAUCUCUUCCAGAAGGUGGGAAAGGUGGCUGCCACAGCCGUAGGUGGAGGUCUUCUGCUGCUGCAGAUCGCCAAUAACAGCGGCUACAUCCAGGUGGACUGGAAGCGAGUGGAGAAGGACGUGAACAAGGCUAAGAAGCAGCUGAAGAAGGGAACGGACCAGGCUGUCCCCGAGCUGAACACCUUCAUGGAGCGGUCCACAGAGUUUGUGAAGAAAAACGUAGUAGUGACCAGCGGCUUCGUGGGAGGAUUCCUGCUGGGCCUGGCGUCUUAGGACGAGCAGAGGAGCAGAGUCAGUGUCCCUGCUGAUCACGGGGGGGGGGGGGGGUCCUCUGAAGCUGCACAUCGUUCUCCUGUUAAACUGUCAGUUAAAGCUCUGUAGGCUGCAGUGGUCUGAUGAUGCUGCAGCAGAAAGAUGGAGAACUUAACAGCUUCCUUAAUCCUGUUUUCUAUUUAUUUGAUCCAAACUGAAAUUGUUCCGGAAGGAAAACUCCUGCACUAUUUUUCCAGCAUCUAGAUCAACUUUGACCUGCCAGAGGUUUCAAUCAAUGGUUGCCAUGGUUUCAGAUGGUCCUCUGAUGGUUCAUCUGAAACACUGACGUCUCCUUUUUAUAUGUGUGUGUUUAGUUAAUCAUGCUGUGGAUGCUGGAAGACUGUGGAUCGCUAACUUCAUCCAAUAAAAACUUCUCAAAUCAG